AUGCCCACAUCUCCGCCCCCUCUCGAGGAGCUCGUGGCCAAGCACACCUUCCUCGGCCCGUUGCUUCCGCCUCCUGCGUUUGACGUGCCGAGCGCCCUCCGGCGGCUGUCUCUUCCUCCGCAGCUCCAAGGGCCUGCCACCCGGCCGGGCAUCCGCAGCGAGAGCCUGGCCGUCGGUCGCGCGCUCGGUGGGGUCGACAAGGCGACCGCAGAGCGCUGGCGAAUCAUCGCCGGCCGACCGGAUCUGCUCGAGAGCACUGCUCGCGCCGUCCAAUCCGUGCACAUCUUACCCUUCUCCGGCAACCGGGCGAGCUCGCGGCGCGCCACUCGCUUCAUCGUGCCGAACGGACACCGCUCCCUGCUCAAGCCAGACACGCCGCGCUGGGCGCUGCUGACCGCCCUCGCGCGGUGCUUCGUCCGGCAGCAGGACGAGGGCGAGCGCGAGCACCUCGCGCGCUGCUGCCGCUUCGACGCGUGGGCUUAUCAGGCGCCGCUCGACAAGCCGGCAAUCGCGCUGGUGAUCCUGCUCAUGAUGGCGUGCUACGCGGAGACGGAGCCCGAAUUCCCGCCGCUUGAGCUGUCGCUGCGGGUCAGAGACGGCAUCCGCCCCGAAGACGACAGUCACGCGUCGCGCGACCCCACGGCCUACUGCCUCAUGGAGAACUGCCGGCACUGGGUGCGACGCACGGAGGUGGACCAGCUGUUCGCACAUCCCCACCCGUGCUGCCCGCUGUGCGGCGGCGCGGUGAGUUUCGCGUGGCAGUGCGGGGCGACCGAGGUGAUCUUCCCGACGCGUCGCUCUUCAGUAGCCGAGGACGGAGGUAAUCAGGACGAGUCCCAAGAGCUCGCCUGAGCGAAAUCCCGCCCCAGGCUCACUCUCAGCCGCCAAACGACAGCGAUCAGCGUUCGUUCGCAAGAUGCUGCCUGUGCGCAGCGCCGCUAUGUUGAGCCGAAAAGAAAAUAUAUCC